AUGAUGGUCGAAGAUCUUGGUGUGGAGGCGAAGGAGGCGGCUGUACGGGAGGUGGCGAAGCUCUUGCCGCUACCGGAGCUUUUGCAAUCUAUUUCUUCAAUCAAGGCCGAUUACAUCGCUCGUCAACAGGCGAAUGAUGCACAGCUUAGUACCAUGGUCGCUGAGCAGGUUGAACAAGCUCAAGCUGGGUUGGAGUCGCUUUCCUCAUCUGAGAAAACCAUUUAUGAACUGCGGGAUAAUUUCAUUUCUAUCGACAAGCUUUGUCAGGAAUGCCAAACUUUGAUUGACAAUCAUGACCAAAUAAAGCUGCUGAGUAAUGCCAGGAAUAAUCUAAACAAAACUCUAAAGGAUGUAGAAGGUAUGAUGUCAAUUUCUGUUGAAGCUGCUGCGGCUCGGGAGUCUCUGAGUGAUGAUAAAGAAAUUGUUAACACUUACGAGAGACUAACAGCACUUGAUGGUAAACGGAGAUUUGCCUUAGCAGCUGCUGGAGAGGAGGUUGGAAGGCUAAGGGAGUAUUUUGAAGACGUUGAUAGAACAUGGGAAACAUUCGAGAAGACAUUAUGGGGUCACGUUUCCAACUAUUACAAACUUUCUAAAGAAAGUCCACAAACACUGGUUCGUGCUUUGAGGGUUGUUGAGAUGCAAGAAAUUCUUGACCAACAACUUGCUGAAGAAGCAGCAGAGGCUGAGGGAGAAGGCGCAAUGGCAUCUGUAGCAAAUCCUCGAAGACCUGGCAAGAAAUCUACGACAACGUCAGCUUCAUCAAAGGGUCUCGCUCAACAGAAAUUAAAAGUCCAAGGAAAAGGCUACAAGGACAAAUGCUAUGAGCAUAUUCGAAAGGCAGUCGAAGAUCGAUUCAACAGGCUUUUGACGCUUGUAUUCGAAGAUCUAAAAGCAGCUUUGGAGGAAGCAAGAACGAUUGGAGAGGAACUUGGAGAUAUUUAUGACUACGUGGCUCCUUGUUUUCCUCCGAGAUACGAGAUAUUUCAGCUUAUGGUGAACCUGUAUACCGAGAGAUUCAUACAAAUGCUCAGGUUGCUCAGUGACAGGGCGAACGAUCUGACAAAUAUAGAGAUUUUAAAGGUGACUGGUUGGGUGGUAGAGUACCAAGAAAAUUUGAUUGCACUUGGUGUUGACGAUUCACUAGCUCAAGUGUGUUCUGAGAGUGGUUCAAUGGAUCCUCUAAUGAAUGCAUAUGUCGAAAGAAUGCAAGCUACAACGAAGAAAUGGUACAUGAAUAUCCUUGAGGCCGAUAAAGUGCAACCACCUAAGAAAACAGAGGAAGGAAAAUUAUACACACCGGCUGCUGUAGAUUUAUUCAGGAUACUUGGAGAGCAAGUGCAAAUUGUCAGAGAUAAUAGCACCGAUGUUAUGUUGUACAGGAUUGCUUUGGCUAUUAUUCAGGUUAUGAUUGAUUUCCAAGCAGCUGAAAAGAAGAGAGUUGAAGAGCCAGCUUCUGAUAUUGGUCUGGAACCUCUCUGCGCUAUGAUAAACAACAACCUUCGCUGCUAUGACCUUGCCAUGGAGUUGAGUAAUAGCACUUUAGAAGCUCUUCCACAGAACUAUGCGGAGCAGGUUAAUUUUGAAGACACUUGCAAAGGUUUCUUAGAGGUGGCUAAGGAAGCAGUGCAUCAAACAGUUCGUGUUAUCUUUGAGGAUCCAGGAGUUCAGGAAUUACUUGUCAAGCUUUACCAGAAAGAAUGGUGCGAGGGACAGGUUACCGAGUACCUCGUGGCAACUUUUGGUGAUUAUUUCACAGAUGUGAAAAUGUAUGUCGAAGAAAGAUCAUUUAGAAGAUUUGUUGAAGCUUGUCUGGAAGAAACAGUAGUUGUUUAUGUUGAUCAUCUCCUAACACAGAAAAACUACAUCAAGGAAGAAACUAUUGAACGGAUGAGGUUAGACGAGGAGGUUCUCAUGGACUUCUUUAGGGAGUAUAUAAGUGCAUCUAAAGUGGAGAGCAGAAUCAGAAUAAUGAGCGAUCUGAGAGAACUUGCAUCCGCAGAAAGUCUAGAUGCAUUUACACUCGUGUACUCGAACAUUCUUGAGCACCAGCCUGAUUGCCCGGCCGAGGUUGUGGAGAAGCUUGUUGGACUGCGUGAAGGCAUACCGCGGAAGGACACGAAAGAGGUGGUACAAGAGUGCAAAGAAAUAUAUGAGAACACUUUAGUAGAUGGCAAUCCUCCGAAGACAGGCUUUGUAUUCCCGAGAGUCAAGUGUUUAGCUGCUUCCAAAGGAUCUCUCUGGCGAAAACUCACAUAG